AUGGCUCCUCCACUUGUACCCCUCGCUGAGAUUCCGACCGUUUCCCUUCUAUACAAACUCAAGCGCUUGGUUCCAGUCUCCUCCCCGCUCGCGCAGCCUUCCAAGGCUUUGAACGACACCAUCUCUCUAAUCCGCAACGACAUCACAAAAUUGGAUGGGGUCGACUGUAUCGUGAAUGCAGCCAACAAGUCUCUACUUGGAGGAGGUGGAGUAGAUGGUGUCAUUCACCGCGCCGCCGGACCUGGUCUGCUGGAGGAAUGCCGCACCCUUGAUGGCUGUGAUACCGGUGAUGCCAAGAUAACCUCUGCAUAUGACCUUCCGUGCAAACGAAUCAUUCAUACUGUUGGACCUAUUUAUGAUCUUGAAUUGCAAAGAGGGAGGGAGCGCCCGGAGUCUUUGCUGCGCAGCUGCUAUCGCCGCAGUCUGGAGGUUGCCGUGGAGAACAACAUGAAAAGCAUCGCCUUUUCGGCAAUCAGCACAGGCGUGUACGGCUAUCCAAGUGAAGUAGCUGCUCGUGCCGUCCUCGACGAGACACGGAAGUUCAUGGAGAUUCCGAGCAACAUUGGCAAACUAGAACGGAUCAUCUUCUGCAACUUUGAGCGCAAGGAUGAGAUAGCCUACGAGAAGUUUACUCCCUUGUUCUUCCCUCCAGAAAAUCAGGGUGCCCCUAGCGCCAGCAGCGACCGCGAAUCUCAACUCGAAUCUGACGGUGAGUCUUCGAAAUCGGCGGAGAUGCUCGCAGCAAAGCUUCCCGACCCACCGACCGUUGAUCCUGCCUUGAACGGAGAACCGGAGACUAAGAAGCAAAAGGUUAACGCGGACCAGACCGAACGUAGCGGUAGAAGCUACAUGGAGGAUUUCUCUAUCAGAUCUGACGAUGACUGGGAGGAGGUUGACAAAUCGGAAGAUGGCCGCACGGAGAAACUGGACGAUGAGCCCGUUGAGGUUGAUAGGCCUCCCUCUGCGACUGAUGUGCAGAGCGUUCAGUCCAGCGGGAUCAUUGAGAUGGACGGUUCCAACACUUCAGACAGUGUGCUGGCAAAGGAUUGGUAG